GGUCCGAGGAUGCGGGGGGGCGAUGCCCGGGGCCAGGGACGCGCUCUGUCACCAGGCGCUGCAGCUGCUGGCCGAGCUCUGUGCCCGAGGGGCCCUGGAGCACGACAGCUGCCAAGAUUUCAUCUACCACCUGCGGGACCGUGCCAGACCCCGGCUCCGCGACCCAGAUAUCUCCGUGAGCCUGCUAACCCUCGUGGUUACCGCCUGUGGUCUGGCCCUCUUUGGUGUCUCUCUUUUUGUGUCUUGGAAACUGUGCUGGGUUCCGUGGCGAGAGCGAGGCCUGUUCUCUGGUAGCAAAGACAACAACCAAGAGCCUCUUAACUACACCGACACAGAGACGAACGAGCAGGAGAACAGUGAGGACUUCCUAGACCCACCCACACCCUGCCCGGACUCCUCCAUGAAGAUAAGCCACACUUCCCCAGACAUUCCCCUCUCCACCCAGCCAGGGGGCCAGGAGAACUGUGCCCAUGCUGUCCGCGUGCAGCGACAAGUCACAGAGCCAACGCCAUCAGCUCGGCAUAACUCAAUCCGAAGACAGCUCAACCUGUCGAACCCGGACUUUAAUAUCCAGCAGCUUCAGAGGCAGGAGCAGCUGACUGGGAUUGGUAGAAUUAAACCAGAGUUAUACAAACAGAGGUCACUGGACAACGACAAUGGGAGGAGGAGUAACAGCAAAGCUUGUGGGAAACUGAACUUCAUUUUAAAAUAUGACUGCGACUUGGAACAGCUCAUCGUGAAGAUCCACAAAGCCGUCAAUCUGCCUGCCAAGGACUUCUCUGGGACUUCAGAUCCUUAUGUCAAGAUCUACUUGCUUCCUGACCGGAAAACAAAACACCAGACUAAAGUUCACAGGAAGACCCUGAACCCUGUUUUUGAUGAGGUGUUUUUAUUUCCUGUUCACUACAAUGACCUUGAAGCUCGGAAGCUUCACUUCUCUGUGUAUGACUUUGACAGGUUCUCUCGCCAUGACCUGAUUGGUCAGGUGGUGGUGGACCACUUCUUCGACUUGGCUGACUUCCCCAGGGAGUGCAUCCUUUGGAAGGAUAUCGAGUAUGUCACCAACGAUAAUGUGGAUCUGGGCGAGCUUAUGUUUUCACUCUGCUAUCUUCCAACGGCUGGCAGGCUGACUAUCACCAUCAUAAAAGCAAGGAAUUUAAAGGCGAUGGACAUAACAGGAGCAUCAGAUCCCUACGUGAAAGUUUCACUGAUGUGUGAAGGCCGGAGACUGAAGAAGAGGAAAACGUCCACCAAGAGGAACACGCUUAAUCCCGUUUACAAUGAAGCCAUAGUCUUUGACGUCCCUCCGGAGAGCAUCGACCAGAUCCACUUGUCCAUAGCUGUCAUGGACUAUGACCGUGUAGGUCACAAUGAGGUCAUCGGCGUGUGCCAGGUAGGCAACGAGGCUGAGAGGCUGGGCAGAGACCACUGGAGUGAGAUGUUGUCAUAUCCUCGGAAACCCAUCGCACACUGGCACUCUCUGAUGGAGAAACGAUGACUAUGGAUAAGAAGACUGCUUGUGCCAAGGACACAGUCGGACAACUGUGUAACAAAGAUCUUCAGUAACUUUUCCCACCUAGCAACACCCAGAUGACUCUGGUGAUGAAAUACUCAGCUGUAACCACAGCAGUAACUGGCCCCUCUUUCCAAAUUGGAUUUAGUGAAUCUGAAUGGUUCGUCUAUUUUCUUCAGGUGGCCCAAGGUGACAUGCUCUAGGGAAGCUCCUCCCUCACUGUCAAAGACCAAGUUGGACGAUGGAAGAGAGCAGCAGGUGGCAUAGUAAGGCCUGAGUGCCAAGAUGGCCUUAGGUUGUAUGAGCAUGACACUGGUCCUGACAGUGGUCAAUCUAACAUACAGUCUUUGAUUUGGAUGCCCUGGAAGGACAGAGUGUUUAAAUAUAUAUCCAGGUGCUAAAUAGGCAGCAGAUUUCAAAUCAAACUCUGCUACCUGUGAGCUAAUGACUGUCUUCAGAGAAUAAUUCCACCCCAGAAAGUGUUCCAGUUUUCCAAGUAAUGGCCCAAGAGAAUACUAAGGCAAGCCAGCCUGGAAAAAGUCUUAUGCAAGGCAGGUCAGUUCAUAGCAAACUCACUGUCCCCUCCCAUGCACAUGGCAGAGUCCCACUUAGCCAUGGUCAUUCUUCAUAGCAGAACCCAGGUUCUGGGAUUCUAAAACAUUAUUUCCAAGUAGCCUCUCCCUCUCCAGCGGUGAUAUUACUAGAGUGAAAUGUGCCAUCUUUGUUAGGGACACUUGCCUCCCAGUGACAUAUGCAUCCUGGAAUAAUCUUUCCUGGACACAGAAGUGUGUGUUAUGAGAUAAGAUCACUGAAAGACGAAAGCUGAGCAAAGGCACCACUUCUGGGCUUUCUUGACACAGCUGCCUUCUGGGUGUUUCCAUAUGCAACAGCCCAGGGUAUAGACUUGGACAGCCACGGAAAGAGGCUCUUUUCCACCUCAGACACAUAGCGCUUUUGCAGCACGUGGGGAAUGGAAAUACCUACAAGAAUGAAGGCCAAGGGCUCUCCCCAGGGUAGCUCAUCCUUCCUGUGUCUGCCUCCAGGAAAUGAAACCAAAGGCCCCAGCACCCCCUGAAUGGACUGGGGGCUGUUACCUAAAGGUCCUCUCUCAUCCUGGGUCUAGAAGACCCUCCCCCAGCAUCACUGCUCCACAAUUCCAUUCCGCUCCACAGAAUCCAGAGUUGGGUUGCAGUUAACCAUCCUGGAGAGCAGCUUCUCUUCAUUUCACUUUGUGUUUCAGUGUAGGUUGCACCCGAGGGAUGCAGCAUCACAGUAGAUGUUGGAAAGUUCUGGCUUCCUUACACACCUAGUACAAGAAAUCCUACUGCCAAUGCCAGAUCUUGUCAUGUAUUAAAAGGGUGGAGGCCUUUGGUUGUAUAAGGCAAUGUUAAUUCACUCAAGCUUAGUGCAUUCCCUGGCCUCCCAGAUCCACUCCCAUCUUCCAACUUCAUUUGAAGGGGUUCAAAGGAAACCUAUGUUCAAAGUUCAGCCUAUGUUUGAUAAAAUGAGAAAAACACUCCUUGCCCAUCCCUUCCAUUCAGACAUCCGCCACCAUAUCAGUGUUUAGAACCAAAGUAUGAAGGCCAAGUGCCAACAGGACAGUGAGCAGAAAUAUUGUCACUAGAUCCAGGCAGAUGUGCCUAGAAGAAUGGUCCCAAAGAAACUAGAAUGGCUCCAGCAAAAGAUUAUCAGGCAGCCAUCUUGUUAAGCUUUGACAUGUCCUUGGCAACGGGAGCCCAGGUUGGAGAUCCUGGGGUAGCCUGUUGUUCCCACCUCAGGAUCUCCUCACCUUGAGCUAGCAGCCCUGGGGUACUAUGGAAUAAGCUACUGACUCAAAGAUAGCUUUGUGGAGGCAUUCAGGCGAAGAAGACUACCCACGCGAUAAACAGAUGGCUUUGUGUGUGGAGAGCUUUACCUAGCCAGUUCAGCUGUGGCCAGAAGCUGGCUAUCAAUCUGAAUUCCCUCAGCUCAUUUGCAACUCUGCCUCUGUUCUCUUGUGUUCUGUUUGGUCUCCCUUUAGUU